AUGGAGCAUAGAGCAUGGGGCAUACAGAAUGGGGCAUUGAUCAUGGGGAAUACGGAAUGGAUUCAUCCUGCACUGGAAGACCAGCGCCACCAGCAGCAGCAGCAGCAGCAGCAGCAGCAGCAGCAGCAGCAGCAGCAGCAGCAGCAGCAGCAGCAGCAGCAGCAGCAGCAGCAGCAGCAUUGGCCACUGGCCGCAUGUACCCCGCUGAUGCAGCCAUCGGCAGCUGUGGGGGCAGCUGUGGGGGCAGCUGUGGGGGCAGCUGUGGGAGCAGCUGUGGGAGCAGCUGUGGGGGCAUACCACACGAGGGGGUGGGUGUCUCUAGGCUGGUCAGCCAAUGGUCGAAUGUACCCCGCUGAUGCAGCCAUCGGCAACUCUGUGGGGGAAUACCACAUGAGUGGGUAUGCUGUCAGUGAUGUUACGCCCACGGGCUCGUUUGCGGUUACCAACACGGCCGUGGAAUCGGCCAAUGGGAGGACGACGAUCAAGUUUGAGCGGUCCAUGGGCGAUGGAGAGUUCCCCAUGAGUUCCGGUGGGAGUGAUGGUGGUGGUGCCUGGCAGCGGCAGCAGCAGCAGCAGCAGCAGCAGCAGCAGCAGCAGCGGCGGCGGCGGCGGCGGCGGCGGCAGCAGCAGCACCGUCCUUUGGGCUUACUCCCGGGAUAA